AUGUCGGACCCAAAUUGUCGGAGUGACGCUCAAGUUGAGCUUGCCACGGCCAUCGGUACUUGGCUCGGGCCUAUACUCGGAGCCAUUGCCACGGUUCUUAUGGCCAAUGUUCUAGAGGCGCGCUCCAAAAAAUUCACCCCCGCCGCUUCUGACCUUGAGAGUUCUACCUCUGAUAGAUGCAGUGGUCUCCACCAGGAUAUGACUGCUGAUAUCGUGUCCGUGAGGCAAGAACUGGAGAGGAUAGUCGCAUCUCAGGAUGCGCAGCAGAAGCAGAUUGAUUGCCUCACUGCCAAUGGGGGGGAGUCUCUAAUCCUGCUCGUCAUGGUGAAAACGAGACUUAACUGGUAG